CGAUUGACAUUUCAUCCUGCUGGGCAUGUCAAGAGUUGACACAGUAGGGAGAGAGCAGACGGGCGGUAUGAUGAGCGCUGAGCCUUUGUCUCGCUCGGAGGUGUUUGGACAGCUCAGGAAGGAGCUCUAUGGAGAGGAGCAGUCCAGUCAUUCCAACACUCACAUAUUUAUCGUCCUGGGAGCCUCCGGAGAUCUCGCAAAAAAGAAGAUCUAUCCGACUUUAUGGUGGUUGUUCAGAGAUGGCCUGCUCCCAGAUAACACCUACUUUGUGGGGUUCUCCCGGUCCAACCUGACUGUGGAGAACAUCAAGACAGCAUGUCUGCCUCAUAUGAAGGUCACUGAUGAAGAGAGUGAGUGUCUCUCGGCCUUCUUCAAGAAGAACUCCUACCUGAGCGGCAGGUAUGAUGACAGCAGCUCCUUCAACCAACUCAGUGCUCAUCUGUCAUCUCUGCCUGGAGGGGCCGAUGCCAACCGACUCUUCUACCUGGCUCUGCCACCCACCGUCUACCACCAUGUCAGCACAAAUAUCAGGAGCCACUGCAUGAGCUGCAAAGGCUGGAACCGGGUAAUUGUGGAGAAGCCGUUUGGGCGUGACCUCCAGAGCUCACAGGAGCUGUCAGCCCACCUGUCCUCCCUGUUCACAGAGGAUCAGAUCUACCGCAUAGACCACUACCUGGGCAAGGAGAUGGUCCAGAACCUCAUGGUGCUCAGGUUUGGAAAUCGCAUCUUUGGACCUAUAUGGAACAGGGACAAUGUGGCCUGUGUGGUUCUCACCUUUAAGGAGCCUUUUGGCACACAGGGCCGUGGAGGAUACUUUGAUGACUUUGGUAUAAUCCGAGACGUCAUGCAGAACCAUCUCCUGCAGAUGCUCUGUUUGGUUGCAAUGGAGAAACCUGCUUCCACCAGCCCUGAUGAUGUGAGGGAUGAGAAGGUGAAGGUAUUGAAGAGUAUAGCUCCGGUUGCCAUGUCUGAUGUGGUGCUUGGCCAGUAUGUCGGGGAUCCGGAGGGGGAGGGCCACUCCAAACUGGGUUACCUUGACGACCCCACCGUCCCAAAAGGCUCCUGCACACCAACUUUUGCCACUGCAGUGCUCUAUGUUCAAAAUGAAAGAUGGGAUGGUGAGACUAACAUUUUUUUGUAUCUCUCCUUCUCUCACACUUUUCUGUUUGUGGUCUGUUGGAUGACAGCUCCUCUGACUUUCUCCACCUUUCAUGUCUGUCGUUGCACCCCCCCUCCCCUAUCAGGAGUUCCUUUCAUCCUGCGCUGUGGUAAAGCUCUGAACGAGCGGAAGGCAGAGGUGCGUCUGCAGUUCACUGACGUGCCAGGUGACAUAUUUAGCGACAGCUGUCAGAGGAAUGAGCUAGUGGUGCGGGUGCAGCCAGAUGAAGCCAUUUACCUGAAGAUGGUGACCAAGAGGCCGGGGGUCUACUUCAGCCCGGAGGAGACUGAACUGGACCUGACCUACAAGAGCAGAUACAAGGACGUGAAGCUUCCAGAUGCUUAUGAGAGACUGAUACUGGAUGUCUUCUGUGGAAAUCAGAUGCACUUUGUCCGCAGCGAUGAGUUGCGAGAGGCCUGGAGAAUCUUCACCCCCCUCCUCCACCAGAUAGAGGGAGAGAAGAAACCGCCUAUACCUUACACAUAUGGAGGUCGUGGUCCAAGCGAGGCAGACGAUCUUGUGAAGAGAGCAGGAUUCCGCUAUGAGGGAACAUACAAGUGGGUGCAGCCCCACACAACAUGAUGCUUCUGUCACACUCUCACACUCAGGAGCACGUUAACACCAGCCUAACAAUGUUUACAGACAAUAAAGUUUACUGCAAUCUUUCCCCCACUGCACCAUUGUGUGAUUUUGUUUGCAUGUUCAAUAUGAAACCCACUGCUUUUAUACCUAAUCAUAGAAUGGAUGUUGAAACAAACCUAAAUGCUAUAGUCUGAUUUGUGUGUUCACCUGGAAAUUUUCUGUUUCUGAAUAAAUCAGCUGUCACUC